GGCGCUCGCCCAGCCCCGGACCGAGCGCUCCGGUCAUGUCGCCGAAGCCGAGGACGGCGGGCUACUGAAGAGCCAUGGGCGAGCGGUCCCCUCCGGCUGGCCGGGGGACCCAGCUCAUUUCCUUGCUGGUGCUGGAGCAGCGCGCCCAGGAGGUCACCUUAGACCGGGAGCGGGGUCUCCUGGUGUGGCGGAGCGCGGGGCCGCAGCCGCAGCCGCAGCCGCGCAGGGGUCAAGAUAGCUAUGCGGUGCCCAUUUCUGAGAUCAUUGCUGUUGAGGAAAAAGAAAGGGAGGCGAAACGAUCUCAUCCCGGAAGAUGGCAAAAGAUGACAAAGCCGCACGCAUUCAUCGUGUAUUACGUAAAGAGGGCACAGCAUCACCGCUGGCGGUGCAGCGAAGUGACUUUCUGGUGCACUGAUGAACAUCUCUGUAAUCGAUGGAUAUGUAUGCUGAAAGAACUACUUGAUUUACAGACCUCCAGACCAAAGUACUUGCUUGUAUAUAUUAAUCCUCAUAGUGGAAAAUCGCAAGGAGAGAGAAUAUAUGAACAGAAAGUAGCUCCAUUAUUUAGUCUGGCUUCCAUCUCUACUGAUGUUAUAGUCACCGAACAUGCCAAUCAUGCUAAGGAUAACUUACUUGAAGUUCAUCUAGAGAAAUAUGAUGGUGUUGUUUGUGUUGGUGGGGACGGAAUGUUCAGUGAAGUGAUACAUGGUCUAAUUGGAAGAUCUCAGAAGGACUCGGGCAUAGAUCAAAAUAAUCCCAAAGCACAAUUAGCCCAAUGCAAUAUCAGGAUUGGCAUAAUUCCUGCUGGUUCAACAGAUUGCAUAUGCUAUGCAACCGUUGGCAUCAAUGAUCCAGUGACAUCUGCCUUACAUAUCAUUGUGGGAGAUAAUCAACCUCUGGACGUUUGUUCAGUACAUCGCAAUAAUACAUUUCUGAAAUACUCUGUAUCACUCUUGGGGUAUGGUUUUUAUGGAGAUGUGUUAAAAGACAGCGAAGAGAAGCGCUGGAUGGGUCCUGCCAGAUAUGAUUUCUCAGGUUUCAAGACUUUCCUCUCCCAUCAUUACUAUGAGGGGACGGUAUCCCUUUUACCAGCAGCCCAUGCCAUGGGUUCUCCAAGAGAUAAGAAACCCUGCAGAACUGGGUGCCGUAUUUGCAAGCAAAGUAAACUACAGCUGGAGAAAGAACAGAAGAAGAAGGACAAGGAGAUUAAAAGGGAUGAGGAAGGAGAAUGGAAGGUUAUUAGAGGGAAGUUUCUAGCCAUCAAUGCUGUAAAUAUUAGUUGUGCCUGUCCACGGAGUCCUAAAGGCCUUUCACCAGCUGCUCACCUGGCAGAUGGCUCUGCAGACCUCAUUCUAGUUCGUAAAUGCUCCCGUUUCAAUUUCCUAAGGUACCUCUUAAGGCAUACAAACCACCAUGAUCAGUUUGACUUCAGCUUUGUGGAGGUUUAUCGGAUUAAAAAGUUUCGUUUUACAUCAAAGCAUUUUGAUGAUGGUGACAAUGAUGACCAGGAUAUGCAGAAAAAACACUUUGGUCAGUUCUGUAGAGACCACCCAGCUUGCUGUUGCCUCCCCCCCAGCAGUACCUGGAACUGCGAUGGAGAAACCCUGGAUUGUUCCACUAUAGAAGUCAAAGUUCACUGCCAGUUAAUUAAACUCUUUGCAAGAGGAAUAGAAAAGAGUCCCAAACCUGAAUCAACUUACAAGCAACUUACCUGAACAAUUAAUUUAAGUCAACGCUCCAAGAACGUGAAGUAAAAGAAGGCAACGUACAGACAAAUAAGCAUUUCAGGCAUGUUAAUAAAUGUUUUUAAACUUGACAUGUUUUUCUGAUCAAAUUUUAAUUUUAGGUAGAUUUCUUUUCAGUUCCUGUCUUCAAAGAUGGUGGAUUAUUUUAAAUUAUUGUAACAUAGGGCAGGGAAGGAGGCUUUUGGCUAAUAUUUGCUUUCUUUCUUUUGUUACGAAAGAAUUCUGUGGAUAAUAAUAACUAGACAAUGCAUUUGAUGACAUUAAUUUAGCCAUGAAAAUAAGCCCACAAAAGAUAAGACAAUUAACUUGCUAAAAGUUUUGUCUGCUGUGUUUCUAAGCUGGAUGCUUCUUCUCUUAGGUCAGGAUAGAAAAACAGAUUAUUAUUCUUGUUUUUAUUGUUAUUAUUAUUAUUAUUAUUAUUUAAAUUUAAUAUAGCUACCCACUGCAGUAGGCAAUGGGCAGAUUCUUUUAUUUUUUUAAGUGGUUUCUGCCAAGCAAGAGAGCUAGAGGCACAGUUCCAUUCAUCUCCUUCCAGUACGGUAUCAAGAGUGGAUUGGCGAAGGAGAAAUGGAAAAAUGUACCAUUCUGCUCCAGCUACUCAAUUGCCUAUACGAAAUUUCAUCCACUCAUUUGUAUAGAAUUUUUUGUUGCUUGGGGCUACUAGGUGAGUGGCAAGUUGUUAAAAGCAAGCCUGCAAAUUUGGUCAAAAUGUUGCCAUUGGUGUCAGAGGAAUAUGCUUUCGAACUUUGGGGAUCAUAAUGCAAAUAAUUUGCAUUCUGCUCCUGUUGAAGAAGCUGAUGAAACUUUCUAUUCUUUAUAAGGGGCUUUUGAAUCGUGAUUUUUUUUUAAUUGUGUAUGAUUUAAAGAUGUUUAAAAUAUGAUAGCAUCUUAACCUUGUUUCCUCCUGAAAUGACUGCACAAUCAUUCAUUCAACCUCAGCACAGUCCAAAUGCACAUUCUGGGUUGCACAUAACAGCAAACAUCUUACAUAUUUGUAUGUCGUAGAAUGCAUUUCCAUACAGAAAAAAAUAGAGCUCCAAGAAUCCCCUUGCUGUUCUCGUAAAGCAGUAUUUCUCAAACUUGGUCACUUUAAGACAUGUGGACUUCAACUCCCAGAAUUCCCCAGCUAGCAUGUCUUAAAGUGGCCAAGUGUGAGAAACACUAUUUUAGGAUUAUGUGCAAAAGCUUAUUUGAAACUCUGCAUACCGCCAGAGUAUGCACAAAGGAUGAAGCCCCUUAGAUGAUGCAGGAACAAAACCAGGCAGGAUAGGAAUGUAUGGCACUCCAUAGAAAGGACCAGCAGAACUUUAAUUUUUUAGUACUCCCAUAAUUGGAACAGCUUCUGUAUACAUGAUUUUUUUUUUCCUGCCUCUCCCUUCUUCUUCGUGCAUGGUUCCCCAAACUGCUCCUACAGGCUUGGUGACCACUGGGAUUGUUGUGAGAUGUGGUGCCAAAAGGAAGCACCUACAGCGGGGAGGAAGUGUUGGCAGAAAAGGUCCCCCUCCUUACAUAUAUAGAUACAUGCUAGCAUUUCCUUCCCAACCAAAGUCGUUUGUGCAAUCAAUAGAACAGUGUUUCUCAAACUUGGCAACUUUAAGACCUGUGGACUUCAUCUCCCAG